UAUGUAAGCUGCCCAGCAGCCGUCCCAAUGGAAGCAACGCAAGUACAACCCCUUGUCUGACUGAGUCGCAGCUGCUGCAGAGAUACAGGCCAUUACUAGUGACUGAACUUUGACAAGUCUGUCAGGCAGGCGAUAAAGCAAGUUCCGCUUCCUGGGACUUUGAGUUACAUUACAGAAAAGAGCGGCGGUUUUCUGGGUUUGGGUGAAAGUCCCUCCUGUCAGAUACCAUUCCCCAUCUCCCUGCGGUACUGUGUGUCCGUCACUUCCCUCUCCAUCCCUCUGUCACUUUCCCCCUUCUCGCCUCACUCAGCCCCCUCUAUCCGGCCGCUCUCCCCCUCCUGCUCUGCUUCUAAUGGAGCCUGCUCGGAGAUUCACCAAGAGCCUCCUGAAACCCGGGGCAGCGGCGGAGAUUCGGCAAAACGUGUGCCAAGCAGUGCGCUCCGUCAGGCGGAAGCAUGAAAAACCUAAACUCCUGGAACCUCUGGAUUAUGAGGCUGCUGUUUCAGAACUAGAAAAUAUAUAUGCCAACAGUCCUUUGAAGGAUCUGAUCUUGUUUCCUACGGAUGACUUUUCAAUAGAAACCAUCCCAAGAGAGCUACAAACAGUUUAUUCCUCUGUGCCUGGAGAUGCAGAACUCAAGGCAACACAUUUAUUGGUCAAAGAGGCCUGCAGGUAUUACCAAAGCCAAUGGCAUGUGGUACGUUUCAACUAUGAACAGUAUGCCAGAGACUUCCGUCAGUUGCACCAAAAUUGCACUAAGGCAGAAAAGCUUCCUUCUCAUUCAUUUGAAAUUGACCAUGAGGAUGCAGACAAGGAUGAAGAUACAACAUCCCUCUCAUCCUCUAAAGGAGGUGGUGGCGGAGGAGGAGGAUCAGGAGUUUUCAAAUCUGGCUGGCUGUAUAAAGGGAAUUUCAAUAGCACUGUAAACAAUAGCAUAACUGUCCGGUCAUUCAAGAAACGCUUCUUCCAGUUAACCCAGCUGUCUGAUAAUUCCUACAUUAUGAAUUUUUACAAAGAUGAGAAAAUAUCAAAGGAGCCCAAGGGGUGUAUAUUUUUAGACUCUUGUACAGGGGUUGUACAGAAUAAAUUGCUUAGGAAGCAUGCCUUUGAGCUGAAAAUGAAUGAUAUGACAUACUUUGUGCUGGCAGCUGAAAGCGAACAAGAUAUGGAUGACUGGAUUUCUACUCUUAAUAAAAUCUUGCAAAUAAAUCCUGAGGGAACCGUUCCAGAGAGAAAAAGCACAGAUGUAACAGAUCAUAAGAUUGAAAAUUCUGAGGACCCCGUAAUGAUUUCUGAAAGUCCCUGUGAAGAGGCAGAUGCUACAGCAGAUUCCUUACACCCUGACCUUGCAAAGUUUAUUACAGAAACAGAAGAAUCCAUAAAAGCUGCUAGAAAUGUAGACCGUCUAAAUCUGUUUUCUCUUGAUCCAGAUAUAUGGGUAACAAGGCUACAGAAAACAGACAUUUCUACAUGUGAUUCUGUCAUCAAGCCUUUUGAGGAGAAGACAGCUAAAAGGAUUAUGGUGUCUUGCAAAUCCCUAACUUGGAAUCUUCAAGCCUGUAUCACAGAAAAUGACAGCAAUCCCAUAACAAAUAUUGAGCCCUUUUUUAUCAGCCUGGCUGUAUUUGACAUUCGGCAUUCUCAGAAGAUUUCCGCAGACUUCCAUGUAGAUUUAAAUCACGAUUUAGUGAGACAAAUGAUUUCCACCUCAAGUUCUGUGGAGAAUGGGUCCAUUUCUUCUUCUGUCAAUCAUGCAAGUGAAUCAGAGGAACCACAAGUCCUAGGAUUUCCUGAGGAAUGGAUGCAGUACCCCAAGCAGGCAGUUUUCUCUGUUACAAAUCCACAUUCAGAUGUGGUUUUGAUUGCAAGAAUAGAAAAAGUUUUGAUGGGUAAUAUCGCCAACAGCGCUGAACCAUAUAUGAAGAAUUCAGAUUCCUGCAAGACCACACAGAAAAUACUGAAGACAACCAGGCUAUUUUGCAGCAAAUUGGGGAAAUACCGAAUGCCAUUCGCAUGGUCUGUAAGGCCAAUAUUUAAAGAUAACUCUGGGAAUAUAGAUCGCGAGUCUCGAUUUUCUCCGUUAUUCAGACAAGAAAGUAAUAAGAUUUCAACAGAAGAUCUGAUUAAGCUGGUCUCAGAAUACAGAAGGGCAGAAAAAGUCAGCAAAAUGCAGACAAUUCCCGGAAGUCUGGAAAUAUCAGUAGAUGCUGUUCCCAUGGAGCAUUUAAACUGUCUUACCUCAUCUCUACUACCAGUCAAGCCAUUUGGGGAUACUGCAAAGCAUCCGCCUAAUGUGGAAGUUGAAGAGUUUGUUCAGGCGUCAACCAAAUAUUCCCAGCCUUACAGAAUUUACAAAAACCAAAUAUACAUUUAUCCCAAACAUCUAAAGUACGAUAGCCAGAAAUGCUUUAACAAGGCAAGGAACAUAAUGGUGUGUAUAGAGUUCAAGAAUUCAGAUGAAGAAGGAAGUCGGCCAUUAAAGUGUAUAUAUGGAAAGCCUGGCGGUCCUUUGUUUACAAGAGCUGCAUAUACCACAAUCCUUCAUCAUUCCCAGAAUCCAGAUUUCUCUGAUGAGGUGAAAAUUGAGCUCCCCACUCAGCUUCAUGAGAAACAUCACAUUCUGUUUUCAUUUCAUCACGUCACCUGUGACAUAAAUGCAAAAGCUAAUGCCAAAAAGAAAGAGGCUCUGGAAACUCCAGUUGGGUUUGCAUGGUUGCCAUUAUUUAAGAAUAGACAGCUCACCUCACAAGAUCACUUUAUUCCUGUUGCUGCAAGUUUACCUCCCAAAUACUUGAACUCUGAAGACAUUACAACUGGAAAGAGUGGAAGUGACCUCAGAUGGGUGGAUGGGGGAAAACCACUGUUCAAAGUGUCAACCAUUGUUGUAUCUACAGUUUAUACUCAGGAUCCUUUUCUGAAUACCUUUUUCCAGCAGUGCCAAAAACAAGAAGAUGACCCUUCCAAGCCACUAUCAUCAAAUUUUAUGGUCUCUUGUAAGAAUCUUCUGAAUAUUGAGAAGAUCCAUGUGAUUAUAAACUUUCUUCCUGUUCUACUGAAUCAACUGUUUCAUGUUCUAACACAGAGUAAUGUUGACGAUCUUGUUGUUCUUACAACCAGGGUAAUAACUGACAUUGUUGCCAAAUGCCAUGAUGAACAGAUGGAGCAGUAUGUGCAGGCUUACGUUAAGUAUGUAUUUAAACAAAAAUCAAAUGUGGAUAGAACAGUCCACGAAGAGCUGGCUAAGGGCAUCACAAAUCUUUUAAAAUCAAAUGAACAAGAUACAAUAAAGCAAGUUUUAAAGCAUUCCUGGUUCUUCUUUGAAAUCAUUUUGAAAUCUAUGGCUCAGUAUCUAUAUGACAACAAUAUGCUGCAGGUUCAGCGCACAAAGAGGUUUCCUGAAACAUUCCUCAAUGAGCUGGAAUCACUGGUAAUGGGCUUCUCGGACCAUAUUAUCUGGAAAUACAGGGAUGCUUUAGAAGAAACAAGAAAAGCAAAUCUGAGUGUUGCCUCUUUUCUUAAGCGCUGUUUUACUUUUAUGAAUCGUGGCUUUGUGUUUCGGGUGAUCAGUAGCUAUAUCAGUAUGUUCAGCCCGGGGGAUCAUAAGAUCUUGUUCCAGUACAAAUUUGAGUUUCUCCAGGAAGUGUGCAGCCAUGAGCAUUUUGUCCCUCUCUGUCUACCCAUAAGAUCUGAAAACAUUCCAGACACAGUUUCACCAUCGGACUCCACUAAAGCAUUGCAAGCAUCAGAUAUGCCAGAGUAUACUUUAACUGAUGAUUUCUGCCGCAAACACUUCCUGAUUGGCAUACUCCUUAGGGAGGUCGGGCUAGCUUUGCAAGAAGACCAGGACAUUCGACAUCUUGCUUUGGCUGCCCUUCGGAACCUGAUGGCUAAGCAUUCUUUUGAUGGUCGAUAUAUAGAUAAGGAAAAACAAGCUCACAUAGCCAUAUUAUAUUUACCUCUCUAUGGCGUACUGCUGGAUAAUAUGCCUCGAAUAUUCAUGAAGGACUUUUUUCCAUUUGCAGUGAAUACUUCCAACCAGGGCUCUCGGGAUGACCUCAGCACCACUGCAGCCUCUCAGAGCCAAUCAGCCAUGAAACACGCAACAUCGGCAGAUACCUCCUUCUCCAAGGAUGUUCUGAACUCUAUAGCAGCCUUUUCAUCGAUUGCGAUCACUACAGGAAACAACACAGGGUCAAGAGGCUCUCUGGCCAGCCUUGAAUCCAUCCCUAGCAGCAAUGAGAAGAACAGUGACAAAGCUGAAAACUGCGAAAAGAUUGCAAGACCUUUGUCCUUAAUUGGGUCAACUCUUCGGUUUGACAAACUUGACCAGGCUGAGACAAGAAGUCUUCUUAUGUGCUUCCUGCAUAUUAUGAAGAUGACUUCAGAAGAUAUGCUGAUUUCCUACUGGCAGAGAGCUCCGAGCACUGAGAUCUAUGACUUUUUCAGCAUUUUGGAGGUUUGUCUUCAAAAUUUUAGGUAUAUUGGAAAGCGCAAUAUUGUAAGGAAAAUCACAGCUGCAUUUAAACUUGCCCAGUCCUCCCAGAACAACGGGACCCUGAAAGGAUCUAAUUCAUCUUCACAAGCUGGGAUUCUAACACAGUGGAUGCAUUCUACUCAAGAUGGGCAUAAGCACCCAAGGUCACAAACUCUGCCCAUUAUUCGUGGAAAAAAUGCCCUCUCUAACCCAAAACUGCUACAAGUGAUUGAGCUGACAAAUUCCUUAGCAAGUAGCUCCAAUGAGACGGAUAUUGCCCAUCACGUUGAUAUAGAGGCUAACAUUGCCACCGAAGUCUGUACCACUGUUCUUGAUCUAUUGUGUCUCUUCAAUAAAAGCCAGCAGAAAUUACAGUCUUCUAAUAAUCAGAAUGUUUUAAUAAAAAAAGUAUUUGAUACCCACUUACUCUUUCUUCAAAUCAACCAAUCAGCAGCUGCUCUUCACCAUGUAUUUGCUGCAAUACGGAUGUUUGUUUGCAAGUUCCCAUCUGCUUUCUUCCAAGGGCAAGCUGACCUCUGCGGACCAUUCUGCUACGAGGUACUCAAGUGCUGCAACCAUCAUUCCCGUUCAACUCAAACCGAAGCCUCCGCUCUUCUUUAUGUAUUCAUGAGAAAGAACUUUGAGUAUAACAAACAAAAGUCAAUUGUGAGAUCUCAUUUGCAGCUCAUCAAGGCCGUAAGUCAGUUGAUUGCAGAUGCUGGAAUUGGAGGCUCACGUUUUCAACAUUCCCUUGCAAUUGUCAACAACUUUGCCAACGGAGACACUUACAUGAAGAACACUAAUUUUCCCGCAGAGGUAAAAGACCUGACCAAACGCAUCAGGACGGUUUUGAUGGCAACUGCCCAAAUGAAGGAACAUGAGAAAGACCCAGAAAUGCUGGUGGAUCUCCAGUAUAGUUUGGCUAAUUCGUAUGCCAGCACGCCAGAAUUACGUAGGACUUGGCUGGAGAGCAUGGCGAAAAUCCAUGCUAGAAAUGGAGAUUUGUCCGAGGCUGCUAUGUGUUACGUCCAUAUCGCAGCAUUAAUUGCAGAAUAUCUAAAAAGAAAAGGUUACUGGAAAUCAGAAAACAGUCAGACCCCAAGCAUGACUCUGGAUGAUGCACAAAACCCUGAUAAUAACCUUUUACUAACCUCAACCACUGGAAAAAGUAUGUUCUCCAUGGGAUGGCCAGCUUUCCAUAGCAUUACUCCAAAUAUCAAGGAAGAAGGAGCCAUGAAAGAAGAUUCAGGGAUGCAGGAUACACCCUAUAAUGAGAACACUCUGGUGGAGCAGCUGGACCUUUGUGUUGACUACCUGUGGAAGUCGGAGCGGUACGAGCUGAUUGCGGAAGUGAGCAAACCUGUCAUUGCAGUGUUCGAGAAGCAGCGAGACUUCAAAAGGCUGUCAGAGUUGUAUUAUAACAUACAUCGGUCCUAUCUAAAAAUAGCAGAAGUUGUGAAUGCAGAAAAAAGGUUAUUUGGGAGGUAUUACCGAGUCGCCUUCUAUGGACAGGCUGUGGGCUUCUUUGAAGAAGAAGAAGGAAAAGAAUAUAUCUACAAGGAACCCAAAUUAACAGGGCUAUCAGAAAUUUCCCAAAGACUGCUAAAACUGUAUGCUGAUAAAUUUGGAGCAGACAAUGUCAAGAUUAUUCAAGACUCCAAUAAGGUCAACCCAAAAGAACUUGAUUCAAAAUUUGCCUACAUCCAAGUGACCUAUGUCACUCCUUAUUUUGACGAAAAAGAGCUCAUGGACAGAAAAACUGAUUUCGAGAAGCAUCACAAUAUCAGCAGAUUUGUAUUCGAAACACCCUUCACACUGUCUGGGAAGAAGCACGGUGGCGUUGAGGAACAGUGCAAAAGACGGACUGUGCUUACAACAAGUCAUUCCUUUGCUUAUGUGAAGAAACGGAUCCAAGUGGUGAGCCAGACAAGUUCAGAACUCAAUCCCAUAGAGGUGGCUAUAGAUGAAAUGUCCAAGAAGGUUUUGGAACUUCAGCAGCUUUGCACCAUGGAUGAUGUUGACAUGAUAAGAUUGCAGCUCAAACUUCAGGGAAGCGUCAGUGUGAAGGUAAAUGCUGGGCCUAUGGCAUACGCACGAGCAUUUUUAACUGAAUCAAAUGCCAGCAAUUAUCCUGAAAGUCAAGUUCGACACCUAAAGGAAAUCUUCAGGCAAUUUGCAGAUACAUGUGGCCUUGCUCUGGAGGUGAAUGAACGGUUAAUAAAGGAGGAUCAGCUUGAAUAUCAAGAAGAGAUGAAGUCCCAUUACAGAGAGAUCCUUUCAGAGCUCUCCGAAGUCAUGAAUGAACAGAUCCCUUACCGAGAGGAACAGGCAAAGCCGCAGGGAACAGAAAGGCCGUGUACUCUUCGAUCAGCCAGUAGGACCUACACAAGCCUGCAGAGCUCAUCCUCGUAAAAAGAUUUUCUUUUAAAUGCAUUACUCCCAGAAUUGGAACCAUUUGAUAUAAAAAAGGGAGAUUGCCUAAAUGAAACCGGGACUAUCAAUUUAUUUAUUAUAAAGUAUCACUGCUGAUGGAGGCACCCAGAGACCCACCAUGCGGAUCAUGCACUCCCUCUCACAAGCUCAUUAUUCUACUUGUAAAAUCUAAUCUUAUUUUUACCUUUUUCUCCUAUUUUAAGAGUCGCUAUUCUAUGUUUUAUAUUAAUUAAGCAUAUUUACGUGUACAUAGGAGAUGUGUAAAUUUUGUCAUUUUUAUAUAGAAAUGAGAAUGUUUAUUCGUACCUAUGAGAUUACUAAGAGUAUAGAGAAAUAAUUAGAUAAAGAUUUAUUAAAGUAUUUGUGAAUGUGUA